AUGGUGCCGAAGGCCUGCGACGACUGCAAUAAAGAGAAAUGCACCGGUGACAGUCCUGCCUGCACCAGAUGUAGUCGUCUCAAGUCCUCUUGCCCGGCCUCUCGCCGCAACAAACGCCUGAAGUACAGAUCUGCUGUGCAGGCAUCUUCCCAAAGGGAUGUUUACGCUACCAGCGUUGAGCCUGGACAACGCCGUAACUCCGAGGCCAGCGCCGCCUCGUCUUCCUCACUCAGUCAACGCUCAUGCUCAAGAUCGCCAUCUGGUGCGACCGAGCAAACAUGGACGCCAGAAAGUACCGAUACUAUGGUAUUUGCGCCCGAGAAACUGCUCGUUCCCUCCAUUGCGCUUCAAACCACGUCCGACGCGUUGCGCACCGUAAUGGACGUGGAACAGUUUUCAGUGAUUCACUUACCAUUCAUGCUGGGAUCCAGCUUUAUUCCCGAAGCGCAAAAGACAGUCUAUGUCAUUCUACGCUUAUCCGCCCCAACUCUGACUGAGGGAUAUUUAGCAUUCUUGGGAUUGAUGACGACCUACCAAAAAUCCCUCGUAAUGCGACGAAACGAACCUGAUAUGGUCAAGGCCGCGAAAGGAUUGCAGCGCCUGCGAAGCGUUAACAUCGCCCAUGACUACGAUGCAGCUUGCGCUCUCUUCCUAGGCCAGACUAUGUAUGUCUUUAAUUUACUGACGGCACCAUACUCGGAUACGGCCCGCGCUAUCGUUCGGAGCGCGCUCAUGUCGACCAAAAAAUGGAUCCCGCGAUUGAUCCAAGCUCCAAUCAUGGAUACGAUUACUAUGACUCCAGUUCUCAUCGACACUGUCGAGUGUCUGUUCCAUCGCGAAAUUCCUAUAAUACGCCUCCAUCCUCAGCGUCGAAUCAUCGUUGAUCGAUAUGUCGGGCUCUGCGCUACUCUUCUCCCUCACCUCUAUGACAUUUGCGAGUGUAGUCAUACACUGAAAACAAAAGUCGUUGAUGCUGGAUCCGAAUCAAUUUCGGCCAUUUGGGACCGAAUGGACGAUAUCGAAGAAAAGAUCCGACGCUGGCGGGCCCAAACACCGCCACAAUUGUUCGAAAAGUACGGCCAACAUGCCGUUCUAGCGAUGUUUACCCAGGCGAACGUUUAUCGUCUGGCGGCAUUGUUGGUGAUUCAUCGAUUGCGAUAUCCGCUUGGUGUUGAAGACGAAGAAGCACAGAAACUCGCAAAUAAUAUAUUUGCCGAAUUGGCGUUUUUUGCUAAAUCGGCUUCCAAGGAGGCGAGCGCUCUACCCGUAGUGUUCCCCUUGACUGUGGCCAUGUUCGAGAUAGAAGGGCCCGGCGAAGAUUUGCUGGAACGCUUGGCAUCUUUUACUAUUCAAACUAUUAGUGCAUCACGACUUCAGGACUUCAUCAGAUUUGUUAGGGCAUCAAGAGUUUCCGGAUUCGAUGGCAUUUGGUUUGAUUUGGUUGAUACACAUCUUCAUGUUGCGGCACCGCCAUAG